UCUUUUCCAGGCGGUCGAGUCCUACGCAUCGUUGCGUUCGCUCGCCGUCUCGCGCUGGGUUCGCACCAAACCGCGUGUGCGGACUGCGGACAACGCGUGUUAUUGCUAAGUCCUUGUGCCGCCUUUGCUCCUUUAACGGCCUUACACCUCGUGUGGCUGUCUGUGUCGUUUGGUUCGUUGAACGUGUGCCGCCAAUAUAUUUAUUAACCGCUUAUUGUUUUACAACUUUCGGUUGGCUCAUCGUGCGUUACCGUGUGCCGCCCAUAUAUUAUAUAGGUAGACUGCGUGGUCAAAGGCCUUUUUUCGCAGUACCGUGCGUGGCUGUUGAGCCGUCCGUGUCCCUCCCAUCUGGAGCUGUUCGUUGGAUCCUCUACAGUCUCAUACGCAUCGAAGUUGCUGCAGCCAGGUAUUGUGAGAAUCGUCGAUAUGGGUGUCCAGUAUCAGCAAAAAUUGCAAUAACUGAUUAAAUGCCAAUAAUAAUUCCAGCAGCACACAUUUACAACCAUAAACCUGUACUUAACCAUGCAGUGGCAUUGCGAGGUUUUUUGAAUAGGCUGAGGGAAAAAGUGAGUACAGAAAAUGUUGUUCCACAGAAUAUAGUUGACCAGGAGGCGCAUCUGCAAUAUCCUAGUGCAGCGAUGGAAAUGGGCCGUACCGCAGCAAUUAGGGCUAUUGCACGGGCUAGGAGUAGAAACAGUCCACUUGUUCUUGAAACUUUAACGAAUUGGGUAGACAUAUUUAAUUUUGAUGAAUUCUGAUGAAUGGGGCCCAAGACUACGUUACAGAAGGUACAAUGGUCCCUUUUUAUCAAGGUCCGUUGGAAAUAUUAACUUCAUUGAAUCUUACCGCGCAUCUCUCUAGAGGCUAAUGGGCCAACACCCAACAUUGUAUGGAUUCUAUGAUCACUUGAGAACAGUCAAAGAAAGAGGUCGAAAUGAUUUUAGGCGAACAGUCGAUAGACAAAGAGGCAGGCAAGCCGAUUACAGGGUGUAUCCACGCAAUGAUGUCACUAUAAGAAAUGCUUGGAAUAAUAUUGAAAAUGGCAGAUAUAAUUUGAGUAACUUCAUUAGAAAUGUGGAUAGUACACACCAGAACAGAUUGUGAGAAAUAAAAUCGAGGCGCCUAAUUUUCUAUAUCUUAAGUCAUAAUAAAAGCUAUAGUACCAGGAAUUUUAAUGGAGCCACUUCCUCUACCAGCACCAUUGGUACGGCCAAAUUUUAGACCCUUGAUAUUGGGCCCAGUGCGCCUAACACUGAGUAACACCUCUUCAACCACUCAUUCAGCCGUCUGCGGUUUUACCAGUGCGUCAAUUAUUCCCGUUCAACCAGAACAUAUUCGUGGUCAAGGAAAGAUACGUGAUCAUAUUAAUAGAUCUUAUCCUAUAAUAGAAUAUCGAGAGCGUGUGCGUGGCCCAGAAAGGUUAAUAAAUGCUGCUGUCAAUGAAAGAGCUGCACUUCCCAACAUAGAAAAAGCUUGGGCAGAUUUUUAUAUGAUGGAAAACGAAAAUGAACCAGAGCCACUACUGCAAGUAGAAAUUAAUGAUCCCCCUCUACUUCCAGUACAGAAUGCAGACAAAAAAAAUAUUAUAAUAAAAUUUGCUGUACAAAAAAUUAUUUAAAUUACUUGCAAAUCGUUUUAGAUAUCUUGGAACUAUUUUGCAUAUAGAGCCCCCCAUUUAAUUUACUUAUUAUAAAAAUUCUAGGGCUGAAGCCCCCCUCACUUUAAGGUCUAGUUACGCCUAUGGCACAUAGGGGUACAUAUAUUUUAUAAGCUCCUAACAACGCAACAGUUCAAUGAUGAUUAACAUUUUUACGUAUUUAUACCUAUACUUUAAACAGUUAACAGAUCGUACAGUAGAUUAUUAGAUUAAACGAAAUUGAAUAUAGUACUUUUAGAUUCUGAACGAAGUGAUAAAUGUAUUGAUUUUACAAUGAUGUGUGUUUUUUUUUAUGAUCAACUGUUAUGGGGCUAGUACAGUUCGGCCCCGAGAUAACAGGCAGAAUAAUUUUUAACUCUAUAAAUAGUCCCUAUAAAUGAAUUGGGACAUACUCGGGUGAUACUUUAUUCUAGACGCACUCGGAACCACGGAUUCAUAGAUAACAGCAAAUGGUUCGACUGCCGUUCAUGGUGCAUUAAAAAUCAAAACUUUUUCAUAUCAUUUUAUAUCAAUAGUUUGAUUAGCCAUUAACUAUACACAGUCUACAACGCUCUCUUGUCAUGCGCCAGGCCGACAGGCGCCAGCAUCGAGCAUACAUAAUAGUGCCGUUUUCCGAAAACUAGUAUCGUUUACUCUGCCCAAUAUUGUUUAUUUUGUGCACUUACCAAUGGGCCCGAUUAUACACCGUGCUACAUGUAAAAAUGUAAACUUUGUGUACCGUGGCGCCUGAAGGUAAGAAGCAAAAAGCCCGAAAUAUACGUACCUACCUGGACCGCACGCCACUAUGUCAAACUACUUGAAUAGCGCCUCUACUAAGAAAUCCGAUGACAAGUAUGACGACGAACUGACCGAUAGAGACGAUACUAAAAGAAAAUCAAGAAACCUAAGUGAGAAGAAACGCAGGGAUCAAUUUAACAACUUAAUCAAUGAAUUAAAUCGCAUGUUGUCCACAACUAAUAGAAAAAUGGAUAAAUCCACUGUUCUGAGAACAACCAUCAAUUAUUUAAAUAAACAAAAAGAUAUAUUAUUGAAUUCAAGAGUACAUGAAAUAGACAAUGAUUGGAAACCAGAAUUUCUAUUAAAUGAAGAAUUUACACAUAUAAUUUUAGAAGCUUUGGAUGGGUUCAUUAUAGUAUUUACAUCAUUAGGAAAAAUCCUUCAUGCUUCAGAAACGGUCACUGCUCUUCUUGGUUAUCUUCCGAAAACCAUGGAAAAUUUAUCAAUAUUUAAAAUAAUCCAUGAAGCAGAUCAUUCAUUGUUACAAGAUCGGAUUAUAGAAUCCAGACUUUCUAAAAAUUAUGAUAAUGAUAAAAUUGUAUUUUCUUGUCAUUGUAAAAGACAUGAUCCAUUUAAAGAUAAAGAGGAAAAAAAUCAAUUUGAAUUGGUGCAAUUUUUUGGUUACUUUCAACCAAGUAGUGAAAUAUAUCAUGGUAACAAUCUUAGAAUUUCAUCUCUAUUCAGUAGUGAAGAAGAUGACCUUAACCUAGUAUUUGUUGGUAUUGGCCGAAUUAUGACUCCACAGUUAUUAAAAGAACUACCAGUUAUGGAGGAUAUAAAAAGUGAAUUCACCUCUAGACAUAGUUUAGAAUGGAAAUUUUUAUUCCUUGAUCAUAGAGCUCCAUCAAUUAUUGGCUAUAUGCCGUUUGAAGUUCUAGGAACAUCUGGUUAUGAAUAUUACCAUAUUGAUGACCUAGAAAAUGUAAUAUUAUCACACCAAGCUCUUAUGCUGAAAGGCAAAGAAACAUCUUGUUAUUAUCGGUUUUUAACCAAAGGACAACAAUGGAUAUGGUUACAAUCAAGAUAUUAUAUUAGUUACCAUCAAUGGAACUCAAAACCUGAAUUCAUUGUUUGUCAUCAUCAAGUCAUAAAUUAUUUUAAUAUUAUUAAAAAAGACAGUGAAACUAAUGAUGGAAGAAAAAAUAGUAAAAAAAGAUUAUGGCACAUUCCUUUAAAUGAAAUUGAACAUCAAUCAUCAAAUAGUGAUUAUGAUUCAUAUCCCAAGAGACAUUAUGAGCAACAAAGUACAGAUUCACCAAAAAUGAAAAUUAAAUCUAUUGAAGAUAUUCAAAAUUCUAAUUGUGAAGGUGAGUCAUUGGCAGUGGUAGAAAAUAAACACGAUAUUUCUGAAACAUUAAACAAUUAUUUAGAAAAUUCCCAAUCUUCAGUUAAAUUACCUGCUGGUUCAGUUUCCCCAUCACAGGAAAAUCUCAUUCAAGAUCAAUUACAACGUAAACAAGAGCAAUUACAAAAAACUAUAGUCAAACAACAAGAAGAACUAAAGAAAAUAACUAAACAAUUAUUAAUGGCACGGUGUGGAAUCUUACCAACAUUUAUGGAUGAUUCUUUACAAGCUUCUGAGCAAACAACUCAACCAGAGACCUCUGCCAAUCAAAUUAUGUGUUCUGAUGCCAGUGGAGAACUUUUUGAAACGUGUCCAUUAAUUUCUUCUGAUGUUUUAUUACUACACGAACGAAAUGAACAAGUUAUGCAACAUUCCUAUUCAUCAAAUAUAACACAGAACAUGGUCAACGAGGGAGGAGGACAAUUGGAUUAUAGUUAUAAUAAUCAGUCUAAUGAUGUUCUUUUUGAACAAAGUUCUCCUUGAAAAUAAUUACUAUAUCAAAGGUAGUUUAAUUUCUCAUGUAUAUUUCUUUAAUGUUUCGUUGUUAGUACAACGCUCAAUGAUUUUUUAGCAUAACAGUAUAUAAAUAAUGAAGUGAGUGAUAAUUUUACUACAAAUUACCAAAUAUGUAUUUUAAGAAAAAUAAUAGUUGUAUAAAGGAUUUAAUCAUUUAUUCUUAAUAACUAAAUAGUCAUUUAUCUUUUAGUUUUUAAUUAUUUUUUACAUUAUUUGUAAAUUAUAUACCCUACAGGCCACUGUAUUUUCCUACCAGGUUAAGAAAGGAAAAAACUAUAGCCUCUGUUUAUAUUUGAUAUUUCUAAUUGUAUAUUAUGAAAAAUGUUGUGAAUUCUGAAUUACUGUGAUCUCUUAAUGGUUUUAAAAUAUAAAAUUAAGAAUAUCCCAGUAUGCUGACAUUUAUUUUUAAAUAAAAAAACAAAAUUAAAAUGAGGACAUAAAAAAAAAUGUAAUAUUUUUAAUAACAAAAAAUAUAAUUUUUUUAUUAAUUUAGUAAAAACUUAUGUAUUUAUCUCAUCAACAAGAAAACUUAUAAUUAAGUGAUCCCUUGUAUUAAUUUAUACUAUUAAAAUUAUUUAAUUAUGUAAUCAUAAUUUUUUAUCUAAAUUAUUAUUUUAUUUAAAACAAUUAGAAGACAACCUAGCUAUUAACUAUUUAAUUGUAAAUAUCGUAAAUUAUUUGAUCUAAUUUCUUCAUACAUAUAUUUUUAAUUAAAUGUAAUCAGCCAUAUAUUUUGUAUAUAUAUUUAUAUUAAAGUUUUUCAAUUAUUUAGUAGGCUAUAAUUGCGUUAUUUGAAAAAAGAUGUUCCUCUUUGUAGGUUCUGUUGUGGUUCCUUUGUUCUUGUAUCUAUAGUUAAUAUUACUUGCACAAAGACUUAACUAUUUUGACUCUAAAGUUUUAAAAAUAUGUAUCUGUCAAUUAAACACUGUUAGUCAUAAGUGUACAUUACUUUUUUAUGAUUAACAUUGGGUGCUAUUGAAUACUCGUAAAGUGAUAAUUUUUUUUAUUUCAUUUAUUAUUUGGUAGUUAUUUUUAUGAAUAAUAAUGCGUUCAUUUAUAUUUAACAUUUCAUAAGACUUUUUAGUUUGUAUUAGUAAAAAUACAAUAAUGUGCUGUUUAAAAUACAUACGCAUUUGACUUAAGUAUAAAAUAACUAGAUUUUUAAUUUAAAAUUUGUAGAAUAGUAUAGAAUAUGUUUACUUGAUUUGUGUUUUAAAUUGGUAAUUGAUUUGUGUGUAACAUAUUGGUGUAUACAGUAAAAAUCACUUGAAAGGGCUGGAUAGCUAUAUAAGAAUAUGUGUGAAUAUAAGUAAACAAUUAUCAUUUAUUUUUAUAAUGAUCACACAUACAAUCAUUUAAUACAAUGUACUGUAUUUAUCAAAACUGUAAAUGCAAUAAAUAAUUUUAUAAUAAUUCAAAAGGUAUUCAUUUUUGUUUUAUAUUUAGUAAUUUAUCAUAAUAUCAAGUUGUCCUAUGAUUUCGGUCUUUACAUAUACUUUUUUACAAUAUACUUUUGACUGGAAAAAUAGAAAAUUUAACUAUGUGAUUUUUAUUGUAUAUAUUAUAAUAUAUGUGUUGGUUUACAACGUGACAUUUAUUAUUUAUUUUUAUGGUACCUAAUCUGUGUAUUUUAGUUAGUAGAUAAUUUUAAAUAUUCUGUUUAUUUCAUACUUACAAUUUAAUAUUAAUUAAUUUUAUAUAUAUUUAUAUAGUAUAUUAUAUCUGACCAUUUGAGUUUAUA